AUGUCGCUUCUACGAGCGCACGCGUCGAUUGAUGGGUCCGAGUCUCCAAGAGGUUCCCCAUCUCGUCCGACUCCAGACUCUCUGCUGCAUCCCAUUUUGGGCAGCAUUCGAGUUUGUGGUAUCUCUCGCGACUCGCGUCACAAACGCCGAGAAACUGGUGGCAAGCGUAAGCAAUUCCGCAAGAAAAGGAAAUUCGAAUUGGGCCGGCAACCUGCUCAUACGAAACUCGGUGGCAAACGUGUGCACACUGUGCGCGUCCGUGGCGGGCACCUCAAAUUCCGUGCAUUGCACCUCGAGACGGGCAACUUUUCGUGGGGCACUGAAGUAUGCGCACGCAAGACGCGUAUUCUCGAUGUCGUGUACAACGCCUCAAACAACGAGUUGGUUCGCACUAAGACCCUUGUGAAGGGUGCCGUUGUUCUGAUUGGUGUCAAAAAGAAUGCCGCCCAGCAAGAUGAGGAAGAAGUCAAGAAAUCGGACCACGUCCUGCGAAAGCUGGCCAAUCGUCAGCGCACCCGCGUUUUGGAUCCAAAGAUUGACGAGCAAGUUGCUUCGGGCCGUUUGCUUGCCGUGAUUUCUUCUCGCCCUGGCCAGUCUGGUCGCGCUGAUGGAUACAUCCUAGAAGGCAAGGAGCUUGAGUUUUAUCAGCAAGAGAAUAGUAAGAUUAGUCACUUGCGCUAUUUGGGCUCCAACGCCUACCGCUUCAAGGAGCAAGAGGAGACGGAUGAGAUUGAAGAAGCUGCUCAAAUAAACGACCACAACAACCGCACGCAGUAUUUUGCGUCUGAGCAAAACUACAGAGAUGAUAUUGGACCAACCUCGGGUGAGUACUUUCAGAGUCGCACAAUGAAGCAGUGGGAGGAGGUAGACGACGUUGAGACUGAUAUCGGGGAAGCCUUUGGAAUGCUGGACUUGAACUUGAUUGCUUCACAGCUGAAGCUCGUUUCACCUGAUAAUCGAUAUCGAAUGGAUCCUCAAUAUUGCAUUGACUUUCCAUUCAAGCCAUUAAGGACAGAUGUUAAAAAGGAAGAUAUGGAAGGUCACGACGAUAUUACAAGUAAUAUUGUUACUGGAGCUUGCCCGACGCCGACUCAGUCAAUUAAUAAAGGCGAUGCUGAGCUGAAUUCUCUGCUCAAACUCAGCAAAUCAAGUUUGAACGAAAACAAUUUGGCACACACACUGCCAGUAGCUCAACACGUUCCACCAGAAGCUUCGAUCGAAACUGAGCUGCUAGAAGAUUGGCUGGAUGAUGUGCUUAACAUUUAG